UCUAACGGCUCGAUCAUCGGUCAUCGAAUCACAUUCGAGCCACACUAUGGUUGCCACCGUGAUACUGAUAUCGUUGAUCGUGAUUUUGUCACUGUUCUUUACAUUUACCGGGUUGGAAGAGGAAAAACAUCCCCCAGGACCAUUUCCUUGGCCGAUCGUCGGCAACCAAUUGUUACUGAACCAAUUAUCCGAGAAAUGUGGUGGAUUGCAUCUGGCACUGAUCGAGCUUUGCAAGCAAUACCGGAGCGACAUGAUCACCGUGUACUUUGGUACGAAGAGGGGGUUGAUCGUUUCUGGAAAGAAGCUAGUCUCAGCGAUACUGAAAGACGAACAGUUCGAUGGCCGGCCCUUCGACGAGUUUAUCAAAAUACGUACUUUCCGAAAGAAGCUAGGCAUCACGAUGAAUGAUGGGCCCGCGUGGAAAGAAUUGCGUAACUGGAUGAUCCAUACUCUGAAAGACUUCGGUUAUGGCAAACGCUUGAUGUCGGACAUGAUUGCGACCGAACUAGACGCGAUUCUGGAGAACCUGAAGGGCGGAGGUGUGAGAACAUUGAAGCCAGUAGUCGCAUUUGCCGCCACAAAUAUUCUGUCGCAUUUUAUGAUGGGCAAUCGCUUCAGCGAGAGUUCAAGGUUACAUUUGAUGAACUUGAUGGACGAUCGGGCGCGCUUGUUCGACGUGACUGGUGGGAUUCUGACCAUUUUCCCUUGGAUUCGUCACAUUGCGCCCGAGGCCACUGGUUACAAGCCUCUAGUCACGCUGCACGACGAGCUUAAGGACUUCUUUAUGGAAUCCAUCAUCGAUCACAAGAAAAACUACAUUCCUGGAAGGGUGACGGACAUAAUCGAUAAGUUCAUCUCAGAGAUCAUGAACAACCAAGGCGCCGACACAGUUUACACAGAAGAACAGUUAUUGGUGAUUCUGGUGGAUUUGUUCAUCGCCGGAUUUAUGACCAUCGGGACGACGCUCGAGUUCCUGUUCCUUACUAUGAUAAUACAUCAGGACGUGCAGCGGAAGCUACAAAAAGAAAUCGACUCGGCGAUUCCACCGGAUAGACUUCCUGACACAGCGGACAGAUUGAAGUUGCCGUAUGCGGAGGCGAUAAUUAGCGAGACGAUGCGUAUGUGGCCGUUGUUCCCACUGAUCGCUCCGCGGCGAGUUCUCUGCGACACGAAGCUCGGAAGUUACAGAAUACCGAAGGACACCGUUGUCGUAAUUAAUAAUUACUCCGUGAACAUGGAUCCGGAAUUGCAUCCCGAGCCAGACAAAUUUAAUCCAGAAAGGCACAUCAAGAACGGGAUCUACGAACCCGAUGUAAAUUCGAUAAUUUUCGGGAUGGGAAGAAGAAAAUGUCCAGGCGCGAUUCUGGCCAAGACUGCGAUGUUCGUCAUCUUCGUCGGCGUGAUGCAGAAGUUUACUUUACUUCCUGUCCCUGGCAAGGAACCAAAAUCCGUAGAAAUUAUACCCGGCUUUUCGAUCGCGCCGAAGCCUUACGACGCGCUAUUGGUGCCUCGAUAAUGCUUGUCUGAUAAAAUAUAGCAUAUUUACCUUCCAAGAAACUUUUUCCAUAAGGCGUUCAAAAAUUAUUGUACAAGCGAGAAAUUGUUCCUGAGGUUAUUUGAAAUAACUUUCUCCUU